AUGAACUUCAACCCGGAAUACGAGAACAUCGCUCAGGCCUUCAUUUCUCAUUAUUAUAUGCAAUUCGAUCAAGGAGAUGGAGUCGCUAGAGGACGGGCUCUUGCUGACCUUUAUGAUCCGGAGAACUCUUACAUGACAUUUGAGGGUCAUCAAUGCAAAGGGCGGGAACAGAUUCUGCAGAAGAUCUCGGCUCUUCCAUUCAAACAAAUUCAACGUGCCAUCACGAAGGUUGAUUCUCAGCCACUUUAUGAUGGAUCAAUUCUUGUAAUGGUUCUCGGACAACUCAAGACUGACGAGGAUCCAGUGAAUCCGUUCUCGCAGGUCUUCAUUCUUCGCCCGAAUCCAGCUGGAAGCUUCUUCAUCGGAAACGAGACAUUCCGACUCGAUUUGCACAACAAUUAG